GGACGUAGCCAGGCGGAAUCCGGAAGCGCCGGCACUUGUUGGGCCAGGCUUUCGGAAAUGUCUGAGCGCCGGAGACACGUGUUCGUUGAAAAAGUGCUGAAGAAACUUUUUCCUAAUGUUUCAAGUAGCCAAGAAAAGGAGACACCUGAGACUCCAAUCUCAGAAACACCACUCAAGAAAGUGACCUCUGAGAGAGUGAAAUGCAAGCAUGUUCAUCAUUUGACAGACGGCAGUGACAUUAAGAGCCCACUGCAGCGCCGCCUCUAUACUGUGAGUUUGCCUCCUGAGGGGUAUACGCCCUGCUUCCCAGAGCCCACCAGCUGCGCUGACUCUGAGCAGGCCUCCAGUGCCGACGAUGCAGAAGAUCAUGAUCAACCAAAGAAAAGAAUUAGAAAGCGUAAACUGAAGAAAAAAUUAAAAAAUUCCAAUAAUGUUCAUAUAGAACAAGCAGAAUUAGAGGAACAGCAGAGCCUUUUACAAGAAAAAUUGCAGUCACAGCACACAGAUGGCCCUACAAUGAGCAAAAAUAGGAAAAGGAAGCUGAAAAAGAAACAGCAAAUUAAAAGGAAGAAAGCUGCUGGCUUAGUGACCAAGGCCUUCAGUGCCAGCUUUACGUACCAACCUGAGGAGAGCAGCAGUGAGCAGGAAGACUUCCCCAGGGCUGUAGGAGAUGGGACCCCAGACGCCGUGGAGGAGGCCGCAGGCUAUGCCAUCAUGGAGCACGACGCAGCCCCCUCUCAGGAAGACAAGGAGAUCGCCAACAGGAAGGCCGACGGGAUCCUGAGCUUUCUGAAAUCAAUGCGAGAAAUGUAUUUCUAUGAUGGUGUCUCCGAAGACAUGGAUUCAGCUGUCCGAGUGGAAACUGCCGAAGAGCUGCUCCACUGUCUGGAGUCUCACCGCAUGGCUCCCUCAGAUGUGCUCAUUCUGGACCACAUGAAGACGCUGCUGCUUCUGCAUGACACGGCGAGACUGCAGCGUGCCCUGGAGCUGCUGCCGGAGCACUGCGAGAUGCCGCUCGACCAUGCCAGAGUAAUCUCCGCUUUCUUUAAUUAUUGGAUUACACAUGUCUUUCCUGAAAAAAAACAGUGAAUAAAACCAGUAUGCCUGAGAAGAAUUAAUAUUUUUAAGAAAACGUGAAUGACAAAGUUGGCUAAGAGUUCAUUCUUAUAUACAAAGAAGAUUAAAUUCUUAAUAUUUUCUUUUUGACUCAAAUCCUGGAGACUUUGAAGACAUUUCUGCCAUAUGAUUUAUUCCUGUCUUAACGUCUGAGACUUUAAAUGAGAAGUUGGGGUAAAAUUGAAAAUUUUACUUAUUUGAAAUUACAUGUCUUGAAUUACUACAUAAAACUUGGUUGUUUUUCUAAUUCCUCUAAAAAACUGAAAAGGGACAUUGUUUUAAACUGUAUAGUUGUUUUAGGCACUUCCUGCAAAAUAUACAACACCUGAACUUUAAAGAAGGCGAUGUUUAUUUUAGCUCAAGUGUCAGUCCAGUCAGUUGGCUGACUCACAAAGAAACAGCAUGGCAGAGUGUUUGGCAGAGGAGAAGCUGCUCCCCUCAUGGCAGCCAGGAAACGAAAGAGGAAAGGGAGGAACAGGAAGAGAGAGAAACUCUUCCAGGUCCUGCCCUCAGUUACUCAGUUCUUUCCACCACACCCGACCUCCUAACAGCAAAUCAGUUGUAAGCCUCCGUAAUGCAACCACCUUCGAAAGUCUCAUCUAUGAACACACAAGAGUUUGGAGGAAUGUCUGGACAUAAACGAUAACAGUAGUUUAAAGUUGUUAUUUUUAAUCAAGUUAAAUGUCCUUGUGUCUGAAAAUCUUUGCUUUAAGGAUGCCUCAUGGGUGUUAAAAACUUCAGAUUAAAGUAGUUUGAUUUUAACUGAAUUUCUUCUCUGAGUUGAAAAUAA